CAAUUGGCAUGCAGCGGCGUGACACCUUGGGCAAGAAGGACAGCCAUGACGGAAGCCCCACGAUACGCCGCGUAUCCACGGUCGUUCGGACAGUCAGUGCUGUCAACCGAUUCAACGUUCUUUUGAAGAAACGGAUCAAACGCCGAGCUGGGUGGACGCGGAAGCAAGCCACACUGGACGACGUCACUCGACAUUGCCAAACACACAUGGAGCGUUUGGGAAGCUUACCCCCGAUGAGCGCCGAGAUCAAGCUCGAUUCCAUUGAAAAAGCAGUCAAAGCCAAUCUCACGUUCAAAGGAGAAUGGACGACGUUCUACUGGAGCAAGUUUUUCUUUCGGUCACCCAUCGUCGUGCACAUGAUUUCCGACUUGUUUUGGUGGGCCAGCUUGGAGUUCUUCAACCAAUCCGACGGCAACGAACCACUGCCCGCCGACUGUUACGCCCAUGUGGCCCAAGCUUACGUCGAGCACCAAGUCGCAAUGCGCUACGGCAAACUGCUAACGAAGGUGCUGUACACAACGCUCCCCACGGGCGCCGCCGACGAAUUCCUCGAUUACUUUCCAUAUUGCGUGUCCCGCACCGUGUACAAAGCGAUGCAGAAAGCAUACCCGGACUUCAUCGUUCAGAUGCGGCACUCGUGCUCGCGACGGAUGAUCGACGCCAUUUCCGAGUGGACGACCGGCGUCAAGACCAAGUGUGCGUCGUGGAGCGCGUGGCGUGCUGACAUACAAAACCGAAAGCUCCGCCACGGUCCAAAGCCAAACUUGAUAGUGCGCGACGUGCUGGACGAGUUUACGAUGCAGGAAGAAGAGAUCCCAAGCGACGACAGCAACGACGCCGACUUUUUGUCGGAAGACGAAGCCAGUAACGGCAUGGCCGCGUACGACAUGAACGACGACGCCGACUCGUCGGAGGAGAUGGUGCACCAACGAUUGCAGCUGCCGCCUGCCUCUGCACCUGGACGGUCCAAGGUGUCUCUGAAAUUCAGCCCCUCCGUGGACAAGAUCAUGCACAUGUACAACUACACGGGAUGCCAAGGGCGCAAGUUGGGAUACACUAUGACCGUGUCGGAUGGAUCGUGCAGCACGGUGCACCAGCACAUUCAACAACACGAGAGUUACCUUCAGCACUCUGCCGAGUUGAGAUCCAGUCGAAGCUUCGGCACGUUGUCGUCCAUUGCGUCGGUGACCCUUGACAAGGAGUUGCCGUCAAAGGGCGACCACCCAGGACGAUCGCGGCUAGGCCCGUGCGAGUUUGAGAUCAAGAAUCCGGUGGCUGAGGCACGGGAACGUCGACUGGGUGAAGCAAAAACGAGGCAACAUGAGCACGAGCACGAAUAUGUGGGAGACACGAUUCUGUAUCGACCGUCCGCAGCAGCAUUGGGCCAGCGCCUGGGCCAACAGCUCAAGUUGGGCAACCACCGACGACGAGGGCCUCCACAGCCGUCCUUGCUGCAGCCCAUGAAGCAGCCGCAUGACGAGACCAAGCCGCUUCGGAAAGACAGUUGACAACAUUAUUCGACCACUAGCUCAAAUAUAUAAAUUCUUAUAUAUAUAUAUCUAUCUACUCGAAACGAAUACACGAUCGUAUGUAUCGCUCUCUAUUCAUGGUUUACGCGGCGGUUUAGUCUGUGUCGUGGGUGGACAGAAUUUUCGACACGACGAAGCGUUGGCGCUUGAGCUGGGCGCGCACGUGACGUGGCAUGUCUGGGAUGAAGCUGUUGAUCAGACCUUUCACUGCCAGCAAGACGGCGGUGAGCGUGAAGAAGAGGCCCAUGGUGCUAAAGUACUGGUCGAACUUGGGCCACAUGAGCAGGAUGAGGUCGCCAAACUUGGACGUGGUGACGAUGAUCCACGAGUUGGUGACAAUCGUGAUGAUUCCAAACACAUCGAGCACCUUGACCCAGUGGCCGAUCGUGGACGCGCCGCUGGGGCGCGGGCGGCGGCAGAACUUUGAGAUCUUGGAGCCGUCGAUGCGGAUCUCAAAGAUAUUGUUGCAAAACGAAAACACGGGCGCGAGGGGGCACGCGAGCACAAAGAACGUCGAGUACCCAAAUUGGAUGAUCAUCUCCAAAUAGUCCCAGAAAGUGCCGGCCCAGCCGUACUCUGGCAUGAAGAACUGCGUCUCGACGGCGCUCACGACUUCAUGGUCAUCCGAUUUCUUGACCCAUUCGUGGCGAAAGUACUCGACGUUGGCCCAGAACAGCGGCAUGAUCACCUCUUGGCAGUUGCCAAUCACGAGCUGCGACGCGUACACGUACGUAAGCGACACUUCUAAUUCAGUCAUGCAGUUGUUGUCCACGCACUCGUGCUCAAGGAUCUUCUUGAGAAACGCCACGUAAAACAGCAACGCAAAGUUGUUGACAAACUGAAACACAAUCGCUUUCGCGACAAAGUGGUUUUCAUAGUCCGAGUCGGUCCGGUGGUUCUCAAAGUCGUUGAGCGAGUUGCACAUGUAAUUGUACACUUGCGACAUCAUAAAGAUCUGCGCCACGUUGGCCAGCGACGCCAGCUGGGUCCCGAUGUUGCCAAAGUACGGCACUUGAAUGAACACACUGUGCUUGAACUCGUACCGGAGCACGAAGAUCCCCGCUACGAACACGAGCACGACGCAAAUGAGAAUCGCGAGCACAAACCACGAAAACAUGAGCCGCCACCGCCGCUGCUUGUCGCUGAAGUAGCGCAUGCGGGCGCCAGUCACUGGGUCGCGCAUGAGCAUGCCUUGGAACUGCGGCCGCACCUGCUCUUCUUCGUGAAAGUCUGUCAUCCCCCACCGCAUGGAGAACACCCAUUGCUUGCGGAUCCAGUGCUUGAGGAAUAGCGUCGCCCACACGACCAUGAAC